AUGUCAGUCAAGCCUCAACAGAGUGGCGGAGCAGCCUCCCCAGCAGACCCGGAGAGGCAGAUCUUUGUGCAGACCCUGGCAGGCAAGGCCAUCACACUCGAUGUCGAGCCCAGUGAUACCACUGAGAAUGUCGAAGCUAAAAUCCAAGACAAGCAGGAGUCCACUCUGCACUUGGUGCUUCGUCUGCGGGGUGGCAUCAUUGAGACUUCCCUCCGCCAGCUCGCCCAGAAGUACCACCGCGACAAGAUGACCUGCCACAAGUGUUACGCUCGCCUGAAUCCCCGUGCUGUCAACUGCCCUAAGAAGUCUGGCCACACCAACCACCUAUGCCCCAAGAAUAAAGUCAAAUAUGGAAGGCCCUUCCACCACCUCCCGGGCCCACAUGGUGGCCUCUGCCCAAACCUCUUGGCCCUGGGCUUCGAUACAGUUUCCCUUUUGUUGAAAAAAGAUAAAAACUAA